UUAAUUAAUUUUUGACUCGAACAGAAGGCUUACUCAUUCAUGCUUUUGUAAAGGACCAUAAUUGAUAGUAUAUAAAAGCAUAUUACUCCAAGUUUAUUUAUUGCAGAGGAGAAACAGAGAAUUCUCGGAUAGCUAUUUAGCUAUCAGCACAAAUCCGGACACUUAAGUUAGAUUCCCACUCUGGACCAAAUUUUUGUGAGAUGAAAUAAGCCUCUAUUGCACAGGCAUUUUGGUGCUGUGUAGGUCCUGCAAGGAGUAGAUUUGGGGCUGGGUUGAGAUUUGGCACAAGGCAACCUUGUGUCAGUAUGCCUGGGAGAAUAUCUUACAGUUCGAAUAAGAUCAAAUGAAGCAACCCAGUAUUAAGGCUGUCAGAAUUCUGGUCUGGAUCGAAUGUAUUGAGUCACUAAUUCAUCAAAGUAUCUGUACCUCCUAAUCCUGAUACUAGUCGAAAGGUGGAUAUGUGGAACUAGAGUUAGUAUGUUUUCUAGGACUCCUCUCUGGCCGAUACAGGAUUACCCUCCGCCCACUGCUGACUGUAUCAAAUGGAUGUUGGAUUUACUUAAGAAGCGUAAGACGAUAACUUGGAAUCACAGGGUGUCAUUAUUAUUUAUCGCAGAGCCAGACUUUCAGUCAAUAGUAGUCACCAGAACCCUCAGAUUGUAAAUGAAUUUUAAAC